AUGGCUCAAAACCGCUGCUUAGAGCCCAUGGACAAGAUAGUGACCACGAAUAUGCCUCAGCUUAAGUCUAGCAUUACUCCCUAUCGACCCAAGCCAAAGUUAAUCCGUAGCCUUUCCCCUAAAUUGGAAAACGACAAGCGCAAUGGACUGGAUUUGCAGUUGCCCGAGGAACAAGAGGCAGUUACAGUGAAGCGAGUGCGAUGGGCUCCGAUGUUUGGAGACAGGAAUGAGGCUACUAAGCCAUCCACUUACAUCAGUCCACUGAGCUCCAAACAGAUCCGACCUGAUCAGGAUACGCCAGAUGAGGUGAGACUGGUCAACGAACUGCGAUUGGCGGUGCAUCGCGGUGGUGGUUCCAUCGAUCCCGAGAAGAACUACGAGCUGAGGGCUUGCCUAUCUCCCCUGCAGUUGCCGUACAGUCGUGUGCAGCGAAUCCUGAGGGAGUGCGAGUUGAACGAGAGGAAUCAGAGCACUUAUAGCCUGCCCAUGGACUAUGCGCGGCAAUUGGUUGCCAUGGUCUGCAAGGUCAGGACGGAUAAUCUUAUCGACCUAAAGCUCCGCUUGGCCCCUCUUUUAAGGCAUAGCAAAUCUCGCUUCUUCAAUCGACACUUAUUCAACGAAACUGGUCUGAUUAAAGCCAUUGUGCCAAGCAAAUCACCUUUAAGCUUCGAUGAUUUCAAUCAAACAUUGCGAACGGAUGCAUUGUGGUGCAAGGCCACCGAUAGCGCCAUUACUGAUUUGGGAAAAGGUGCCGUUUUGUUUAAGUGUCGACCGCAGGAUCUGCGCGAAGUGACUGACAAACUGCGGCAGUGCAGCUAUAAGAUUACUCACACGGAAGUGGGUCACUGUCCAAACAAGUCGCUGGUGGAUCUAACAGAUCGACAAAUGUCCCGAUACCAGGAGUUUUGUAAAAUUCUUUUGGAGGACAAAGAUAUCGUAAAGAUCUAUGACAAUGUUCGAGCCCAUUAGUUUAUCGAAAAUUCGAUGUUGUUCUAAAUUAUUGAAAGUGAAAGUAAAUUUCUUUAGGAUUUCAAAAAUAAAAUUCUUUACCUUGUCAUUUUUUUGAUGAAUAUAGACUUCAUUUUAAUAUU